ACCGAAUGUAUUCGAGAAUCAAGAUAGUAAAAAAAGAAGUCCCAAUCCUAUUCUAAUAUCUAAUCAAAUUAUAUCCUUUAGGAGAAUAAAAAUAAAAUAAAAAACCUAGGAACUUUUUGGAGUAUAACAGUGAUCACACGGCCAUUUAUCAGAAAUCAUCACGACAGAAGCACAACCUGUCUCGUCUUCCUCAAUCUCACUUUUCUAGGUAAAUUCCUUAAUCUCCUUAUUACUACCUCUGUACAGUAUUAUAUACAAUCAUAUCACGCGUCAAUUGGAGUUAUUAAUGUUUCGUAAAUGUUUAAGAUAAGGUGUAAUCAAUGGGCAAUAAUCUCAUACACAUGUCGCCGGAAAUAAACGAAAGAUGUGUAGAAUUGGAUCAGAUUUUGCAGUUGCCGGGACAUAAUAUCAUAAACGAAGGAUGUGUAGAAUUGGAUCAGUUGGCCGAAAAUAAUCUCCUAAACGAAGGAUGUUUAGACUUGCGGUUGCUGGAUAAUAAUCUGAUUAAUCUCACAAACAAAGGAUGUCUACACGUAAAUCAGAUUUCAAAGUUGCCGGAAAACAAUCCCAUAAAGAAAGUAUGGGCAGACUUUAACCGGAUUUCGCAGUUGCCAGAACACAUUAUACACCAGAUUCUAUCAUUUGUUCCUAUAAAAGAUGCUGGUCGAACCUGCAUUUUGUCCAAGGACUUGAAUAAAGUAUGUACUUCAUACAACAUUUUGAAAUCUUUGCAUUAUGAUCACAACUCUUUUGCUUUACAAUUACUAGUUUCUGCUCAAAUCGGACAAGACCCAGAAAUUCAUGAAAUAAGGAACAAAUUCAUGGAGUUUGUGGGUAACAAUUUGGUAAGCAUAAACCAACAAAAAUUACCAGUGUUCAAAUUAAAUUUGGAUGUGGUUGUAAUUGACAAUGAGUUUUCACAUGUUGAUGAGCUGAUGGAUUUGGUUGGGAAAACAAAGGUUGAGAAAUUGUGUGUUUCUGUGCAAACAAAAGACUCUGGUUGGGAUUAUAAAGACAUGUUUGAGGAAGAUCUAUAUUACGAAUUCCCUUACAUGGCUUUAUUAGGCUCAAAAUGGUUGCAAUCCCUUAGUGUUAGAUGGUGCAAGCUUAUGAGCAACAAUGUAGGCAAGUAUUCUUCGUUGCGACAAAUGCGGCUCUCGUAUGUUAUGUUGGGUGAUGAAGCAUUAAUAAGUAGCUUAGGAAGUUGUUGUCCAGAGAUUGAACAUCUAGAGUUUGAUGGUUGUGCGUUUUGGUUUGAAACCCUUGAGCUUUAUAAAUUUCCUAAGCUAAAGAAGGCUUUCUUUCAGGGUGUACAACAAAAUAGCAGACUCCGUAAAGUUGACAGUAGAGGAACUAAUAAGCUUGAAGAUUUUCGUAUUUAUAUUGGUAAUUUGGAGUGGAUGAUCAGUCCAGAAAGUUGUAGUAAUAUAAGAGAUCUUCAGCUUUGUUGUUGCUCUGUAAACCAGGCUAGUUUGUUUCAAGACCUUACAACUAGUUUUCCACUUAUUCAGAGAGCAUAUCUUACAGAUAUUGAACGUGUACACAGGAUUAAUGCAACUAGUUUUCAUCUAAGGAGUUUAGAUUUAUCUUCAACUUAUUCACUUAAGAAGAUUUAUGUUGAUUGCCCAAAUCUGAGUGAUUUCUACUACUCAGGUUUGGUUUUGGAGGAGGUUUAUAUCAACUGUCCAAAACUAAACAACUUUUCGUAUAAUGGGAAUCACAAGAUUCCAACGGUUAUUUAUCUUAACAUACCACCUACAUUACGGAAUAUAUACAUUGGUUUUUGGGUGUCUGGUGUUAACUCGUCGUGGUUCAUCAGCUUAAACAAGUUUCUACAGCUGAUGGGAGAUCAUGAAUAUGUUUUCCUGCAUCUUAGUGUUGGGAGUUUGCAGUUGGUGGAAUUUGCUCUGAAUAACUUUGAAGCAAGUCAGAUUUCCCAAAACAAUGUUCACCUAGAAGUGCAGAUUCUAUACAGGUGUAACAUUAAAAAUAUAGGUGCUUUUGUAGAUGGGUUGUUUUGGAGUACCCGUCCGACUACCUUGAAUAUUGAUGGUGAUUAUUAUGAAUUCAUAAAGGACUUGAGUGGAAAACUAGGUAAAAAGAAAGGUGAAGAUGAAUCCUGUUGCUGUUGCUGUUGCUGUUGCUGUUGCUGUUGCUGUUGCUGUUGCGAGGCACAGUUGUGCAGUAAAUAUUGGUGGCACAACAUCCAAGAUUAUGAAGUUAAACACCGACAUAAUAAAGACAAGGGGAAGUUGGUAUCUUUAGAGGAGCUGUACCAAGAUGACCAAGCUAGAAACGAGUCUUGUUUCAAAUUCCAGUGGCGAAACAAAUAUAUAUGUAAUUGAUUGAAAAUGCUUGAUCCAACACUUACACUAGUCUUAGUCUAGUACGGAGUAUGAUUUUUGGGUUUGUUUUUGUGUUAAAAAAAGAUUGUGGUUGAUGUA